GAUUACUCGAACAAUUGAAUCGUAGGUUCGGGAUAACCGCUUGUGCGCACCUGGAUCUCUCUCAUCAUAGAUAUCAUCAUUCACAUGUUGAGGUCAACACUAGCCAAAACUCUUAAUCCUCUUCCAGCUACUUUUCUACGAGGAGGGACGUCCAAAGGCAUAUUCAUCAAUCGCGACCACCUACCAAAGGACAGGAACCAAUGGAACCCUAUAUUUCUUGGGAUUAUGGGCUCUCCAGAUCCAGAACAUGGUCGCCAGCUGAAUGGCAUGGGAGGUGGAAUAUCUAGUCUUUCUAAGAUUUGUGUCGUUGGCUCUCCGACAAGCGAUCAGGUUUCUGAAGGAUAUGAUGCCGAGUAUACUUUUGUUCAAGUUGGCAUUCGCGAUAGCAGUAUUGACUACUCCGGAAACUGUGGAAAUCUAUCCAGUAUGAUUGGCGUUUUCGCACUAGACGAAGGAAUAUGUACCCGUACCCCAACGAAAUCAGGGUCCCUCACCACUCGACUGUUUAACACCAAUACGAAUAAGCGCAUAGACACCACAUUUCCCGUGUCUCUCUCUGACGACAAAAUGUCGCCCCUUCUCGAUCUUCCGCAAGUUUCUAUGGCUGGUGUGCCUGGUAGAGCAUCUCAGAUCACCCUGGACUUCAUAAAUCCAGCUGGAGCACGGACAGGAAGUCUUCUUCCCACUGGCAAGCCGAUAAACCUAGUUGACAUCACUGUACAAGGAAAAACUACCCAUAUUCCUGCUUCCUUAGUCGAUGCUACCAACCCCACUGUCUUCAUAACCGCUGAUGGUUUGCGGCCUAUCGUUGAACUCUCAGAAGGUCGCUCCAUCGAUUUUUCCAAGCCAUAUGUCGGCGAAGUCUUAGAAUCUAUCCGUCAGCAAGGCGCCCGCCUUAUGGGUCUAGAUCCUUCAGCUCAGGCUCAGCCUAAAAUCGCCGUUCUUAGCCCUUCGUCCGAUGCUGAUUAUGACAUAACUGUGCAUGCACUAUCAAUGGGAGUACUGCAUAAAGCAGUUCCCAUGACUGUGGGUUUAUGUCUUGGCGUCGCUGCCAACAUAGAAGGAACAGUGGCAUGGACACUUUCUUCCAGGGAAUCUGAUAGUGGAGGUGGACUGUUGAAAAUUAAGCAUCCAAGUGGACUCGUGGACGUUGGAGCAGAUUUUGAGGCAAAUGGAACGGUUAAAAGUGCGAAAGUGGUGAGGACAGGACGAAUGUUGAUGCGAGGUGCAGUCUGGUGGUGAUACUUAUAUUCGGAUUUUGGAUAUGGAGUACUAAUCGCGAGUUCAGUUCCGUCAGUGUCGGUCCAGUGUUUAGUUCACCAAUGGAAUAUGGGAAUAU